AUGAGAGGUAACGGCGCUCUUGUCGUGUGUCUGCUUCUGGCUCUGUGGGCGCCGUCCGCUCUCCCGGCGCCCGACGAACAGCCGGCGCCGCGCUGGCCGUGGAAGCGCUCGGAAUACGCGACUCUUUUGGAGCGGAAGUUGUGUUUCAAAGCGGAAGCGAUCGGCGAAGAGUUGGUUCGCGUCUGCGAUCCCGACGCUCUUCUGGCGACCGCCGACGCCCUCCUCUUGAACCGCCUUUUGCUCAGCGAAGAGACGGCCGAAGAGGUGUUCGACGGCGAAGACGACUGUUUGCGGCGUUCCCUCAGAAUAGGCGUCGCCUUCGCCUUCGAAACGCUGCGAGAAAUUGGCGAAGAAGACUUUUUCGCUGAAGAACUGCUCACCAGAUGGCGCCUCGCGUCUCAAGACUGUCGCACAGAUCUCGUCCUCUUCGUCGACAGUCGCAGACCUCAGGUUUGUCUUCUCUUCUUCUGGAACUGCUUUCUUCUCACUCUCUCUCUUCAGUUGUCAAUAGCGGCGGGAAAUCAGACGCGAGACGUCUUUUCGGCCGCUUUUCCCGUGAUUUGCGACGAAUUGACAGAAGAGUUCGCGAACUCUUCGCCGGAAGACAACUAUUUCGAGUUCGUUCGCAACGCUUCCCUCCGUCUGCACCGGGAGUUCGGAGUCCGCCGUUCGGAACGCCUUUCGGCGGAGCGUCGGCGCCGCGAAUCGCAGCACUCGUUGCUCUCAACACUCGUUUACUGCGUGUCUUUGGCCGCAAUCCUUGUAAUCGCGUGUUAUUACUGCUAUUGCGGGAAACGGAAGCGCGCGGAAAACGCGUCGCAAACGGAAUAA